AUGGUUCUGCUUCCAUGGGAGCUGGAGGAAGAUAUACUGUCUCGGCUUCCACCUCGAUCUCUUGUUCAAUUCAGAUCGGUUUGCAAACGAUGGAAUGCUCUUUUUGAUGUUAAAAGUUUCAACAAGGACCAGUUCGCUCGUGCUCGUCCUCAGUUCAUCUUCAUUACCGAUUCCAAGAUUUAUUCGAUAGAGAUCAUCGGUCUCGACGGCGUUGAUCCAACGAUUAAGUUACAUGUGCUAGACUCCUCUGGUAUCCCUUACCGUGAAUGGAAAUUUGCUUACUUAACCAUCACUGCUUGCGAUGGCCGAUGGAUUAAAUGGAUCGAGUACGAGAAUAAAGGUUUCAAUGUAUGUGGCGUAGGAUACGAUAAUACUAGGCCUGAGAAGGUUUACAAAAUCUUGGAGUAUUUAGAGUGUCGCCGUGAAGAGAGCUCGAACGCAUGCUACCAGAGAGUUGCGAUCUACGAGUGUGCCUCUCAUGCGUUCAAGUUUAUUGAUACUUCUAACAAGGUCUGGUUCAUAAGCGAUGUUCAACGAUACAGUGUGUGCUUGAACGGAAAUCUCUAUUGGCUUUCUUUUGAUGACUUUCGCAUCCUAUGCUUUGAUUUCUCGAGGGAGAUAGUCAAACCCUUUUGUCUCCUUCCGUGUCGGAAGUUUGAUAAAUGCGAUUUACUUGCCCUCCAAGUUUUCAAGGGAGAUAGGUUAUCCUUGUUAAAUCAAUGUUGUAAGACAAGGACGAUUGAGAUUUGGGUUACGAAGAAGAAGAUUGAUUCUAGUAACAACAAUGGAUCAGACGAAGUUGUGUGGAUUAGCUUGUUGACUUUGCCACCAAAUAACUUGCCAAACUUAUUUAUUGUGUGUUAUGGCAUUAGUUACUUCAUCUAUGACAAGACCACCUUAAUCAUUUAUUGUGAAGACGAGAACACUUCAGCGGCUUGCAUCUAUAUCAUCAGGGGGGAUUUGUUCAAGAAGUUUGAAAUUGAUUCCUCUGCUUUCUUUUGUUAUCACUGUGUUUAUGCUCCCAAUUUUAUCCCUCUUCCUUUAAUGUAA